UCCCACCCUCCCUGCCUCCCUGCCUCUCCUCCACAUCAGCGGACCAGAACCAGACCAUCCAGGUUCACGCUCCCUCGCCAUGCCACUGCAUUCGCCAUCCCGCUCCCCGUCCAAACAUUCAUCCCCGCCAGAUUCGUCACCGAACAUGCAGAAAGCACCACCUACUGUACUCUAUGUAAGGGAUCCUGCUGGUCCUUGCAAUGGCCUGGGGGGGAACACGGCGGCUUGGCGGCUUGGCGGCCUGGCGGCUUGGCGGCCUGUUGCGACUCGUCGGCGCUGAGGAGCUCGAGGCCCAUUGCGACUAAGAAAAGAAAGAGACUAGAGCGUCCUCAGGUGCGACGGACUCAGAUCCUGUGACAGCUAUGGGGAGAACCAGCACAUAGCAUCAUGAGGGACGAGGGAUGAGGAAUCUGGUCUGUCUCUGCAGUGGUGGUGUUCCAUCACACUUGCCAACGCCAUGUAUGAUCCCGCUGGUCUGGCCAGGACGAGGGAUCGUGCAUAAUAUGCGAGGUGUUCACAGCUGUUCGCUCUGGGAUACAAUAGUGAUACCUGAAAGUGCCGAAAUGGGAUAUAGCCAGGCCCAUGAAGUUAGAACGCAUCUGGCGAAAGCUCAUGGCUCUUGUUGUAUGUCGUACAAGACUCAAUGUAGCCGUCGCCUCAAAAAAAUCGUUCGUGCCUGAGGCUGCUAUCACCAACACCCUUGUCGCUAGGAUCUAGGAGCUAUGACCAACACGUAAACAAACAAGCCCCCCACGAAUCUUAUCUUCCACACGUUAACUUCUCCAAUUAACUUCCUCCAACACUAAAAUACCCAGCUACGGGAAGCUAUAGACUAUAAAUCAAGCGCCUGGACAACCUGUGCCCACUCGCCAAAGCCAUACGCGCCAGGCACAUCAUCAACCCCACUCCCAACUUUCCAAGAAUAGCCUGGGAGGCAAUUCUAUUUCCAUCACUGCAAGUGUUCCUAUUCGGAAUAUCCAAACUUCACCUCCAAACUCAUCACCAAAAAUCCGCCAUGUCCCCUCUUCGACGCCGCUCGUCGAGGAUUCGGGGGAGCAAAAACACCCCCUACAAGAGAAAUGAACCCACCCUCAAUAACCUUGCACCAAUUGGUGAGCAGGAGGGAACCCCCAGCCGCGGUGCUGCUGCCUCGGCCUCCAACGUCGUCGAAGCUUCACCGCAAGUUCCCAACACCCCGACGACGGCGGGACGCAUCAAGCCUCCUCGCGAAGAGAUGCACCCGAGCAAGGCCCAGCAAAGCACCAAGAAGGAAGAUGAGGGUAUCAGACACGGCUUCACCGAUAUCGGGGCUAGAAAGCCUGAGAUCCUUACCACGCCGUCGAAGCUCAACAUAAAUUCGUCGUCGGAAUUCGAGUUCAGAUUUGCGAAGCCAGCUCCUUCUCUGGGUCCUGAGGCCCAGCAAAUGAUGUCUGAGAUCCGUGAGGAUGCUCGACGCAUCAAAGCAGAGCUGGCUGCGAAGAGAGAGGAGGAGAUCGCUGAGAAUGGAGGUGACAUCCUCGGCGUGCUUUCUGGACGAAAGUUUGCGCAGCCAAAGGGCAAGGCUGGCCGAUACAGUUACGUCCAUAUGGCGGAGUUUAAGAAGAUGGAUUCUAUUGCUGCCCACCCUUCUGCUUUCAGAGCGCAGCCUGGACGCAUCACACCAGUUGCAAAGACUCUCAAGCGCACCCAGUCCAAGGCCAACCUGGCUGAUCGAGAUGUCAUCCCUGCCAAGCAAAUUACACCACUUGCCAAAACCCUCAAGCGCACCCAGUCCAAGGCCAAUCUGGCUGAUCGAGAUGCCAGCCCUGCCAAACAAACCAUCAAGCUGGUUCGACCAUCGGUUUGCCCCGAUAAUGAGGCUCCAGCAAAGCGUGCCCGCCAAAUGGGUGCUCGCGAUACGUCGUUUGCCAGACCAAGCUCGAGGGAUGCUAACAUGCAGUCACCGAGCAAACCAUCCACACCAACAACUGGACGUACGGCGAACUUUUUGAACUCGCUUUCAACCCCAACACAAUCCUCGCUUGCACGUGCUGUCAGCAUUAAGCAGGAUGGUACACCUCAGAGUGCUUUGCGUCGAUCUCCUUCUAAGAUUGCUUUGACACCCGGACUCGUCAAAUCUGCUACCAUGAAUAACCUGUCUAGCCUCUCCAGAUCGGAAUCUACCCACAAAUUUACUGACAAGAUGAAGUCUAUCCUUCGUCGCCCAGCUGCUCAAGCGGACAAUACUAUGCCGCCUCCACCAAGCUCCAUUCCAUCAUUGAUGAAGAGCCCUAGCAGGGCCAAUCUUCGUCAGGGGAUUCCAUCUGCACCGGCAACACCUACAACCAAAACUCUCGCCCAUUCGAAGAGCACCAAGCAUGUUAACUUCACUCCCACCACUACCACGAGGAACGAGCCCCACCACUCUCCUACACCCCUCAAGUCCAACAUCCCGCGCUCAAAGUCCUUCGCCAACCUCAACUCAGUGGCCUACCCCACCCUACCAUCGGCCUUAAAACCCGCCGCCCGCCCAACCGAAAAGCAACCCGAGACCACAAUCACCUACCCCCAGCUCCCCUCCUCGUCCACCCUCUCUCGCACGCCCCUGCAGCCCAUCCCCGCCGUCCCCGCCGUCCCAGGUAUCUUCACCUUCACCAGCGGGCAAACCAUCAAAUUCGGCACCCCCCCCGCGCCACCAAUUCGCAACCUGGGCACCUCCCCGGGGCAAACAAGCAUCCGCCAAGAGAACGAGGCACCUCCCAUCCCGCACGGCUUGGCGAACAAGAAGCGUGCGCGCGCUGCGUCGCCGGAUGAGGUGGAGGUGACGGCGCCGGAGAUGAAGAGGAAGCGUGUACGUGCUGCGGAGCCGGGUGAUGAGGAGGAGGGGGGGCAAGAGGAGCGCUGGCCGAAGAAGUGGAGGGGGAAUGUGGAGGUGGGAGGGGCGGAGACGAUGGCGAGGAAGAUUGUGAAGGAGCAGAUGGCGCCGAAGAGUAAUAUUCCGAGCUCGCCGAAGAGGGCGGGCGGGUUGAGUCUGAGUAGGCUUAAGAUGCUUGCGAUGCCGAAGUCGAGGAGGUAGAUUGGUAUGUGGGCAGGUGAGAGGGUUUGUGAGAAUGUUGUUCACGGGGCGUAUUGAUCUGGCGUAUGUAUGUCUCUUUCGUGGGAUGGGGUGGGUUUGGUGUACGGGGAUCUAGUGUGUGAAGAGCUCAUCACUGGAUUUGGAUUUGGGGUUGGGAUUUGAUUUAUGUACGAGGACUUUUGACUCUUUGUUUGGAGUAUUCGUUUUUGUUUCCUUCGACUUGGGAGUGGCAUUUUUUGAGUUUAAUGUGGGAAUGAAAACAAAAUAGGGGGGAUGAGGACCGCUUAUUGUGUUGUGUGUGUUGGAGUUUUUUCUGCAAAUGUAUUUUUUUGUAUGAGUUCCAUGGGUUACUUCCAUGAGUUUGGGGGAUCUUACUGCUGUUACUAGACAGUCAUUAAUUCUUUUUUGAUCUUCUUGUUU